GACCGUAAUCAAACAAUUGGUCAAGAUUACAAUCAAAGAACAUUUCAAUCUGUAGUAAAAUCUGACAAUGGUAUCAAAUGCUGCUUCAGCUCAGAUCAUUCUUUUAAAACCCCCCACCAUUUUUCAGGCUAAUUCAGGUCAUGUGCAUGCAUACUCUCGAGUUGACUGACAGGUGAUGUCUAUCUAAAAGUUGAUUGGCUCUUUUACCUAUCCACAGAUUUCCUGAACCACUGGUGAGCCAUGAUUCUAACUGACUGUUUUCUGUUUCUGGUCUCGAGAUGCAAUGCAAAAACUACUAAAAUGAGUAAUCCAGAUGGAGAACUACCAUUAAAAUUUUCUUGGAGUAAAAAUGAAUUUCAGGCUCAACAUGUGCUGUUGUUGGCUGUCAUUACAUAACCAUAACUAACCUCGGACCAUCGCUUCAUGUCAGGUCGUAUAAUGUCAGUUGAGGCACUAUCAAUUAAAAAAACUAAUCUCGACUCUGUGACGUAUUGGCACUAUACAGCCACAUGUUGUUUUUGACAAUUUUGACAAAAGUUAUACCUUAAACAUUAUACGCUAAGAAUAUAUAUGCCGAUGCUAGUGAAAACAUUGGAGACCAGAUAUUGAAAAUAGUCGAAUCGUGGAACACUUCUGUGUUCAGGAAAAAGGUGGAUAAGGCUAGACUUUUCUACAUGUGCUGAGUGUUCCAGUGGACCAUUUUAAAAGACUGUAAUGAUGUUUUCAUCUUAUUUGGCAGCGUUAAUCUAGCAAACUUUUUUGUUUAAUGCCAAUUUUUAAAUGCCGUAAAAUUAAAAUAUUAAACUUUUAUUACAUUACCCUGGAAUUAGUUUUAAAAAUUAGUUACCUCAAAUACAGCUUCUGAGAGAGUGACAGUAAAUUUUCAUUUGGAAAGUUGUAGAAAUGUAAUCGUGUCGUUUUUCUUUUGCUGUUUCGAGCAAAUAUAUGUGCAAACAUUAUGUUUGAUGUGGUCUACUAUUCGCUCCCAUUCAUGUCGAAGUUUACCCUGCAAUUGUUUACUUCUGUACUCUAAAACCUGGAAGUGUGUGAAAAGGGUUCAUUUCUCCCAUUCAUUUAAUACCAGUCUCUGCUAAACUGUCUCUGGCCCCUCAUUAAAGUGUUGCUAGGCAACAGAUUUGUUUUCCUUUUAGGCAGGAAACAAGUAUGCUCUUUCUCUGUGUUGAUCUAAUUAAUUUCUUUAUAUUUUAAAUCAAGGGCCGGCCCGUGGCACAGGUGACAUAGGUGGUUGCCUAGGGCGCAAAAUGACAGGGACGCCAACAAGAGGUCUUUUUUAUUAUUGUUGUCAGAAGUGCGCACUUCUACACCUGUGUUGAGCAAAAUGUGCCACUGACAUCCUUACAUUGCUGAUGAAUGGUUACAUAAGACCACGUCCUUUUUCCUUUUUUUUUUUUUUUUUUUUUACCUGAAAAGUGCAUCUGGCCGGGAUUUCAAAAUUGGUCUUCAUAUUAAGGUGCUGCUCUCUACAGUUAGGACUAUCAAACAUUCAGUAUAUUUGUUACUGAGUGUCAGUUUUUAAGCUUAUAUGAGUCCUUAAGUAAUGGGGGUUAUGCGCAACAUACGGUUCUGUACGUUCUACGCUGACAUGGCGCUGUUUUACUCAAGAUGCCUUCAGGAACUACCAAAGAUGAGCAUAACCGAUGUCCAUCGCAUAUGCAGGUUGACAUCUAAAACUCCUGCCACCAAAAUGGAUAAGGGAUUUAAGCUAUAUGCUUCCUCAUACAUAUGCGACUACGAGGGUAUGUAGUAGUCCCGAAUGGAAAUGCUGUACAAUAUGUCGCUAUGUUAGCUGACACUAACAUAAACUACCUAGUCUUAUCUGUGGAUCUACAUAAUCACAUUAACACGUUGUUAAUUUUUUCACCAAUAUCAAAUAAAGACAGGCUGACUGGUGCUGUCAGCAUCAGGGCAGCCUGUCACAGGACUAUGAGGAAAAGCGAGAUGCCACACAGCCUGAGAGUAACGUUAAGAAUGGUUUGGGUGUUCUGUUCAAGUUCUCAGUCUGUUCCAGUUAAGAUUGUUCUUCGGGAUUCGGACCCUGUCAUCCUCGUAUCAAAUUGGUGCUUGUGUGAAGCUAGUACUGCAGUGUACAACCACAUUGUAGCUUUGCUGUUUCAAACAGAACAUUAUUCAGAGCUUGAUGUGCAGGUUGUGCCCCCUGUCCACUCCUGCACUGAGACAGAGCAGCAAUGGCACAAGCCCAGAACAGCUGGAGUGAAACCUGGGCCAAUAAACAAAAUGGUCAUCACAAGACCAAGACCCACAUGGCUCAUGGAAGGAGGAAUCAGAAAUACACUCUACAAGGGCUUGGUUGGGGACCCACUUGACAUCUCUUUGCUACAGAUUGGAGACACAUACAAAGACUUUGACAUUACGGAGUAACCUUUAGUAGCAACUAUGGGUAUAUGUGAUGAGAAGACCC